ACGUAUAUAGCGUAGACGGAACGUUACAGGGCACCACACUACACUACACUACACUCAGAUCGAGCUCUGAGCAGCAUCACUAACUACAGUUUACCUGCGCGGAGCGGCAUAUUCUUUCCUCUGAUACCGAAAAACGUCAGAGAAAGAGAAAGAGAAAACGUCUAUUUAUUCAGAACUUUGAAAGCACCAUGGCACGAGGAGAGGGCUGCGAACAGUCCUCAACGAUUUUACUGCCGGUGAAACCUGGAAACGCGGAGGUCAAGCUUGUCAAGCCAAAGGAGCACAGAAACCGUCUAUCUGUGUGCAGUAAACUGUGCUAUGCCAUUGGCGGGGCUCCAUACCAGAUCACAGGAAGCGCUCUGGGCUUCUUCCUCCAAAUCUACCUGCUCGAUGUUGCACAGCUGGAUCCCUCCUUGGCCUCCAUUAUACUGUUUGUGGGCCGAGCCUGGGAUGCCGUCACGGACCCAACAGUGGGUUUCCUGGUGAGCCGGAGCCGGUGGACCGGCAUCGGCCGCAUGAUGCCCUGGGUCCUUUUCUCCACUCCUUUCGCGGUGCUGACGUACUUCCUGAUUUGGUACGUGCCUCCCUUUGAAGAAGGGAAGGUCAUCUGGUACCUGAUCUUCUACUGCCUCUUCCAGUCAAUGCAGACGUGUUUCCACGUCCCGUAUUCAGCCCUCACCAUGUUUAUCAGCAGCGAUCAGAAGGAGCGGGAUUCCGCCACAGCUUAUCGAAUGAUGGUGGAGGUGCUGGGCACGGUGCUGGGGACCGCCAUCCAGGGUCAGAUAGUAGGCGGCGCCUCCAACUGUCCGGAUGAACUCAACGGCGAAAACUCCUCAAACGUCAACACGACCAGAACUUCGCUGGAUGAGACGAAACAAGCUUACCUCAUUGCUUCAGGAGUCAUCUGCAUCAUCUACGUGGUGUGUGCCGCAGUCCUGUUUUUGGGAGUGAAAGAGCAAAAAGUGAACAAGCGGGAGACGUCCAAGCCUCUCACCUUCCGCAAGGGCCUGUGGGUGAUCAUGACUCACGGGCCGUACGUCAAGCUCGUCAUGGGCUUUCUCUUCACGUCCCUGGCCUUCAUGCUACUAGAGGGAAACUUCGCCCUCUUCAUCACCUACGCUCUCGGCCACAGGAACGACUUCCAGAAUAUUCUCCUGGUCAUCAUGCUCUCUGGGACUGUGAGCAUCCCGUGGUGGCAGUGGUUCCUGACCCGGUUUGGGAAGAAGAAGGCAGUUUACUUCGGCAUGACGUGGGCCAUUCCAUUCAUGAUCUUGAUUGUCACCAUUAAGAGCAACUUGAUCAUUUCCUACUUGGUCUCAGUGGCAGCUGGCGUGAGUGUCGCUGCGGCUUUCCUCCUGCCUUGGUCAAUGCUUCCCGAUGUAGUGGACAACUUCAAAGUUAAUAAUCCAGACAUCCACGGGCACGAAGCUCUCUUCUACUCCUUCUACGUGUUCUUCAUCAAGUUUGCCUCUGGAGUGUCCCUGGGCAUCUCAACCCUCAGUUUAAAAUUUGCGGGUUAUGAGACCGGGGAAUGCGCCCAAUCAGACUCAGUCAGUUUAACCCUGAAGGUGCUGGUCUCUCCGGUUCCCAUAGCUCUAAUUGCUGUGGGGCUGUUGAUACUGAAGACAUACCCCAUAGACGAGAAAAGGAGGCAAGAAAAUCGACGACAGCUGCAGAAAAUGCUGGACUCUGAGACAGAUUCCGAGUCUGAUCCGUCAGAACAUGGAAGCACCGUGUAGCAGAAGUGGACGAAUCAACCACCACCGCUGCUAUCUACUUCUUUGCACAGGCUUUUGAGGGGCCAUCAGUUAACGGGACUACGAGAGGUACGACCGCAGGCGACAAUCGAUCAAUCGGCAUUAAAAGGCUCCCUCCAGUGGCCCGCACAGGUUCCUGUCACCCUCUAGUGGCAGACCAGUGCCAUCUCAAGUGUCAAGCAGUGGUCUCAAUUAAAACUCCAGAAACAUUCUCCAGUUUACACAGUUUAUUAUUGUGUCAGUGUAGAGCCAACAUUUCUGCCAUUGUUCUUUUGGGUUCACUUGUCAAUUCUUUCUUUUUAGACACUUUCUUUUUACUGUUCAGCCAAAACCCCGGACAAAGAUCUGUCUGUAUUUUAACUUAAACGGGACCACAAUGCUCACUCACACUUUUGUUAGCACUCAUUAUUUUUUUUUAUAAGAAUUGGUUGAGCUUUACUCAGCAACAUAAUGUCUGACAUUUGUUUUUCCCAAAGAUGUGACUGUUUACUCCGGCUGUGUGCAGCUCCUUUGUGCAUUGCAUCUUGGGGAACAUUCAUAUUCAUCAACUCUCUCUUUAGCACUCCUCUUGUGUGGUCGCUGCACUACAUCCUACCCAAUUAAAAGAAAAACAUAAGGUAUAUUUCAUGAAGUAUUUUAUGAAGGGUUUACAAGAUGUGACCAUCACUCGUGCACUAUGGAGUGAAUGUUACCUUUUGAUGUUUACAUGUGUAGGCUGUUUCCAUUCGUAACAACCCUUUAUUUGUAAAGGGCAUGCCAGCACUAUUCCACUAACUGGAGUUGUAUGGAGAUUUGUUUCAGUUUAAGCAUUUUGGUUUCCUAUACAGCAUUUCAUGAAGUGUACUUGAAUUAUCUGAUGGGGGAAAAGACAUCGUGUGUAUUGUACGCUGCACACUGUGCAGGUAAUGGGAAUCACUGCCUUACAAACUGUAAAUUUACUUGCCAUGAGAUUUUCUGUUAUAAGUUCCUUUAUUUUGUAUUAUGGCACGGAGAAGUGUUUCCCAAAGUACUUUUUUUUCUGCUGUAACAUGUCGGUCAGCCUCCAUCAGAUUUAAACAAAUACCUUUGUGCUUUUACACUGAAGUCAACUACACCUCAGCACAUUGUCACUUCCUAGUAUGGGAGAAUGCUUUAUUUAACUAUUUAUUUAAACAGAUUAUCUAAGGGAUUAGCGUUACCUUAUGAGAGCAUACGUGUAUGUUAAUUUAUUGACAGUGACUGAAUGAUUGAGUGAACACAGGAUUUUGGAGUCCUAUGGAAGACAUCAUAAUGGUGCAUUUGUUUUCCUUUUUCUAGGAGAAGCAGAGAUUUCUGUAAUAUCAUUUGGGCUACUUUUGCAGCAUUAUGGCUCGCAACAUCAACCAAACCCGAUUUAUUUUAUUUCUUCUUCUUCUUUUUUUUAAUAUAACAUGUCGAAGGCAUUUAUCUUCACUGUAGAUAACUUAAUUUCACCUCAGAUUAUAUUGCUGUAAAUGAAAUAAACAGUAGUAGUGGUAUUUUUAGGGGUUUUCGAGUUGCACUGAAUCAACAGAAUGAAACACAUUACAUCUCCUCGUGGUUCUCUUGGUAUUGACAUGCUGCUGGUGGUUGUAUAAACUGUAAAAAAUUUCCCAAGUCUGACUGAUGAGCAAUAUAUGAAGUGAUGAAGAGAAGAAUCUAUGUAUUGUAAAUUUGCAAUUUUAAAUGUGAAUAAAGUUUUGUCAAAGUAAA